AUGGCCUCGGGAUUCGAUUGGCGGCAAAUUGCUGCAGCGAAGCAGCAGCAGAGGCAGGCGGACAUUGAUGCUUUUGUCGCCGAUCAGGACCCAGCGUUGACGGAUAGGAUCACGGCCAUUGACGAUACUGUUGUUUUGGCGAGAAUGUUGGCUGGGGGAGAGUUGACUAGUGAAGAUGUGACGAGAGCCUACAUCACAAGCCUCACAGAUGUGCUCUUCUCCGAAGCCAUUCAACACGCUCGACGUCUAGAUGAGCACCUCCGAACCAGGGGCAAACCCUUGGGUCCCUUCCACGGAAUCCCAGUGACGCUCAAAGACCAAUUCGACGUCAAAGGCUAUGAUUCCACCCUCGGCUAUACCUCACGGGCAUCCAAACCUGCUUCGCAAGACGGCGUCCUUACGAAUGUCCCUCAGAGCAUCAUGUGGGGGGAGAUGGACAAUCCUCUCUGGGGACGGACUACGAAUGCCCUCAACGCAGAGUAUACUCCGGGAGGUUCGACGGGAGGUGAAGCUGCGGCGUUAUACAUGAAAGGCAGCAUCCUGGGAUGGGGAACGGAUAUCGGCGGAAGCAUUCGCAUCCCAAGCCACAUGAUGGGACUCUAUGGCCUCAGAUGCAGCGCGUCUCGAUUACCCCACUGGGGAUGCGCCGUCUCAACAGACGGCCAAGAACACUCGCCCUCAUCCGUCGGUCCUCUCGCUCGCUCUCUUCCCACCCUCCACCACGCCCUGAAGGAAACCAUCAACCACGAGCCUUGGCAACACGACCACUUCGUCUCACCGAUCCCCUGGCGAGAAGACAUUUACAAUGAAUUCUCGAUCAAGAAGUUGACCAUCGGGCUGUUCCUCGACGACGGCAUCGUAAGGCCCCAUCCACCCGUCACGCGAGUCCUCCAGAAAGCAGCCGCCGCUCUGCGCGCCGCAGGCCACGAAGUCAUCGACUGGCCGCCCGACCUGCACGCCGAAGCCAUCGAGCUCAUAGACGAGCUAUUCGCCGUCGACGGCGGCCAAGUGAUCCGUCGUGACAUUGAAACCGGCGGCGAGCCCGUGUUACCCGCCCUCAAAGGCCUCGUCUACGGCAACGAGCCCAUCUCCCUGGACGCCUACUGGGAGCUCAACAGGCGCAAGGCCGCCCUGCGACAAGCGCACCUCGAGAAAUGGAAGUCUGUCACGUCACCCGCCACGGGACGGACUGUAGACGCUCUGCUGAUGCCCGUUAUGCCUCACGCUGCGGUUCCGCAUGGGGCAACGCGGUGGACGGGGUAUACCAAGGUGUGGAACUUGCUGGACUAUGUCGCGCUGGCGAUGCCGGCGGGCAAGGUCGAGGCUGAGGAUUGCGAGGCGGAGUGGGAUUUCGAGCCCCGGAAUGAGACGGAUGAGUGGCUGGGCGGGAUCUGGAGGGAUCGCGGGGAGGAGAUGGCGGAGUUGGGCUUGCCUGUGGGAGUGCAGAUUGUUGGAGGGAGGUUGGAGGAGGAAAAGGUGUUGGCGGUAGGGAAAGUGUUGGAUGACUUGUUGAGGGCGUAG